AUGGCUGACGCAGCGGCUUCUGGCUUUGCGUACCCGGGGACUUCCGAGCGCACCGGCUCUGCUUCGUCGUCGUCAUCUUCAGCUGUGGUCGCUGCGCGCCCGGAGGCACCCCCAGCCAAAGAGUGCCCGGCGCCUGCGCCCGCCGCGGCCGCUGCAGCGCCCCCGGGCGCCCCAGCGCUGGGCUACGGCUACCACUUCGGCAACGGCUACUAUAGCUGCCGUAUGUCGCAUGGCGUGGGCUUACAGCAGAAUGCUCUCAAGUCGUCGCCGCACGCCUCGCUGGGAGGUUUCCCGGUGGAGAAGUACAUGGACGUGUCGGGCCUGGCGAGCAGCAGCGUACCGGCCAACGAGGUGCCCGCGCGAGCCAAGGAGGUGUCUUUCUACCAAGGCUACACGAGCCCCUACCAGCACGUGCCCGGUUAUAUCGAUAUGGUGUCCACCUUCGGCUCCGGGGAGCCUCGGCACGAGGCGUACAUUUCAAUGGAGGGCUACCAGUCCUGGACGCUGGCCAACGGGUGGAACAGCCAGGUGUACUGUGCCAAGGACCAGCCACAGGGCUCCCACUUUUGGAAAUCGUCCUUUCCAGGGGAUGUGGCUCUAAAUCAGCCAGACAUGUGUGUCUACCGACGGGGGAGGAAGAAGAGGGUGCCCUACACCAAACUGCAACUCAAAGAACUGGAGAAUGAGUAUGCCAUUAACAAGUUCAUUAACAAGGACAAGCGGCGGCGGAUCUCGGCGGCCACGAACCUAUCAGAGAGACAAGUGACCAUUUGGUUUCAGAACCGAAGAGUGAAAGACAAGAAAAUUGUCUCCAAGCUCAAAGAUACUGUCUCCUGAUGUGGGCCAGAUUGUCUACAGACAGUUUAAACGCCUUCAGUUGUCUCCAAACGACCUUUGGAAAGACUUGAAUAUGUAUUUAAUUCCCCCCAUCCUCUGCCAAUGAUGGCAAAUUUUGUGAAUUGUUUUUCUCUUUUCCCGUAAUCUGGCUCUGAAACUCUUGCUCUCCAACCUGACUUUGUAGUUCUGUUUCUUACUUGUUUAUUAUUCGUUUUGUUCUUGUCUAGCUUUUUUUUUUUUUUUUAAUGAUGUUUUAAAUGUUCUGUUUCUCCCUCCAGGCCAGUAUAAAGGACUUGACAUAUUUUUUAAUAAUCCCUCCAAAUGAAUUUCAGAAGUGCCAUUCUGAUUUACUGUUUUUUUAAAAAAUCACUUUAUAUGUCUGUUUCCAGUACUGAUUAUCUUGAUUAAUUAGGGCAGAAUGAGUUGCAGUCAUUCAUAUCCUGUGAUUGGGUAAUUGAAUCAUUAGCUCUCCGCAGUUGCCCUGAGGCAAGUGGAAACAGCUCUAGGCAGGCAGUGCUCUAGGGUCACCAGGAAAGUCUGAAAACAAGAGUCUGAAAGUACUGCGAUGGCUUUAAAAGCAACUACCUUAUUAAAUAGGGUUUAUAUCAAUAUUUGAAUGAAGACAAUCUUUCCAGCUUUGGGUCUUUCACUUGCUGUUUCGUUGUAUGUUUUUAACACACUUUGUAGAUUUGUGCUUUUAUAAUCUUUAAUUUGAAAAUAAUGUGUCCACAUAGAUGCCUUCAUUUCUUGAGCUCUAGAUGCAGAUAUUUAAUGGCUGCAAUUGGCAGAGUGACCCGUGGAUGGUAUAAAUGUACCUCCUUUCCUUCGCCUCAGGUCUGUGAGAUUGGGAUUGAGUCCAUAUCCUCAAUACUCAGAAAGAGGCUGAAUCAAUGUGGCCGUGGGUGGGAACUUUCAUCUAGAACCCAAUGAAAACCUUGACCAUCAGAAAAAAUGCAUUGGGCCUCUCUUGGAGCUUUAAAAUAUCUAACAAACACGAAAAUUGUGGAGCUCUAACGUCCAGGAAGAAAAAAAUAUAUUUCUUAAAGUGAUGAUAAAUUACUUUUAAAGUGCUGCAUAUUUAUACAACUGAGAGAUUAUUUUUGUAGAUGCAAUGUCUGUGAGCUGGGAUAUGUGGGCAGUGCUUCAGGCAUUUAAAAAUCACUUUUUACUCCAAGGGAGAUGCAAAUAAACAGAACACUUGUUUC